AUGGCGGUGCUGUUCACGGUGCUGGCCGUGCUAGUCCUGCUGGCGGCCGUCUCCGUGCUGCUGGUGGUGCUGGUGCUGCAGCCCCGGGCGCCGUACCUGGCGGUGCAGACGGCGCGGCUGGGGAACCUGGUGUACGACCAGCAGGGGGUGCUGGACAACGCGGAGCUGGAGCUGGACGUGCGCGCCGCCAACGUCAACGCCCACGCCGCCGUGGCCUUCUCGGAGCUCGAGCUGCGGCUGAGCUUCCACGACAUGGUGAUCGCCAUCCUGCGCGCCGACCCCUUCGUGGUGCCGCCCAGGGGCGAGCGCCCGCUGGGCUACGUGGCGUCCUCGGAGGCGGUGCCGCUCGACGGCGCCGGGCGCGCCGCCAUGGAGGGCGCGCUGGACCGCGGCGUGGUGCCGUUCCGGGUGAGCGGGCAGGCGCGGACGCGGUGGAAGGUGGGCGGGCUGGUGGCCGUCAAGUACUGGACGCGGCUGGCAUGCCAGAUCCGCUUCUUCUGGCCCAACGGCACCGCGCUCGACUUCACCUGCAACUCCAAGUCCAGGUCCCGCUACUGA